AUGGAUGGUUUUGUUAAGCUAUUGGACUUGCUUCUUUUCAUCUACUUCUUCUUCAUGGCCAUUGUUGCACCACUCUUUGAUGGUCAAACUGCCCUUCCUAAACACAUAUUUCACCCUGUGUUGGUUGACCUAAAGAGCUGGUACACUCAAGAAUGUGGUGAUUAUUUGGUUUCUGAGAAACCCCAUUUCUUUGUUGGGUUAAUCUGGCUGGAGCUUCUCUUUGCUUGGCCCAUCUGCCUCCUUAGUCUUUAUGCCAUUGCAGCUGGAAAAUCUUGGAUUAAAACUACCUCCUUGAUAUAUGGUGUUUCCACUCUCACUUCAACG